GCCUGGGCAGCAGUGCUCAGCUCAUUCGGACGCGGAGCUGCUGCCUUUGCGCCCCUUACAGAGGGUUUAAGAAGCCAACAAACCGCUGGAUUUAAGCAGUUUUAAACACCGCGGAACCACAGCGUGGUAGUUCUCUGCACCACUGUCUCUCAGGCUGGGUCUGUCAGCAUGGGUAAUGGCAUCAAUAAGGUCCUGCCUGAUUUAUAUCUGGGAAAUUUCAAAGAUGCGAGAGACAGAGAACAGUUAGCCAGAAACAACAUUACACACAUCCUGUCCAUUCAUGACAGUGCGGCCCCCAUCCUCCAGGAGAUGACCUAUCUCUGCAUUUCGGCAGCGGACCUGCCCACACAAAACCUGACUCAGCACUUUAAACAAAGUAUAAUGUUCAUGCACGAGUCUCGCCUCAAAGGAGAGGGCUGCCUCGUUCACUGUUUGGCAGGUGUGUCCCGCAGUGUUACCCUGGUAGUAGCUUACAUCAUGACAGUGACAGGACUGGGCUGGCAGGAAGCGCUGGCGGCAGUGAGGGUGGCCCGGCCCUGUGCCGGCCCCAAUCUGGGUUUCCAGCGCCAGCUCCAGGAGUUCGAGGCUACUCAAGCUGAUGAGUUCAGAGAAUGGCUACGGAAGGAAUAUAAGGACAACCCCUUCAAUGAUGAGGCUGAUAUUCGUGACUUGCUUGUGUCCAAAGUCAAAGGUGAAGAGGUGGGAAAACAGGCAUCUACCCCACCUGGAGGUAUCUGAUCAGAAAUUUUGAUGAUGGUCAUCUUUUGUAGCUAAAUAUGGAGGAUUACACCACUGUGUGAUGCUUAAGUAUUCUGGACCUGUCUGGAAGUCUCAUGAGCUGGAGCGCACUACUGAUCCUCUAGACAUCAUGGACAUGAACACUGGAAGAGACCGUUAUUAUGUCAAGCACAUAUUCAUUUUUAGCAUUCAUUGAUUGAUGUUUCUGGUGCUGUUUUUCUAAUUUAUAAAUAUUGUGAACUGUGUACUGAGUCAUUAUCCUACUAAUAA